AUGGCGGAGGGGGAGACGGAGAGGGAAUAUGACACACGGAACACGAACGACGGUCUCCGCGGCCGCUUCCACGGCUUGACCGCGGCCCUGAGGGAAAGCUCGCAGUCUCCGCUGGAAGCCUCGCUGAAUUUCUGCCAGGAGUUUUGCCAGGCUCUAGUGGAGUAUGCCGGCCGUUGGAAAACUGAUGAGGAUCCACUGCCUUUGCUCGAGGUGUACACUGUGGCCGUCCUCAGCUUCGCCAAUGCCUCCUCCUGUCUCUCCUCCGAAUGUGAUAAUGUGCCACUCCUACUUGAAAAGUUAACAUUGAGCUGUGCGGAGCUGGUGCUCUUACUGCCCCAGCACAUCCCUGGUGCCUUAUGGGAGGAGUUUCAAUCCUCCAUGAAGUUGGCACACAGCCUUUUGCAAGAAAGUGGGAGUGCACAGCUUCGCCCGCUUUUUGCUUUGGCACAACAAGAUGGCAUCUGGUCCAACCCCACACUCAGCAGCAUCUUGUCCAACAGCACCCUUCAAUCUGAGCAAGUUGACGAGUAUCUGGAGUUGGAAGGACCGGCUCUACUCACCAUGCGCAUAAAGCACCUUAUCAAAGUAGACAGUGUUGAUAAAGCUGCCACCCUUGCAAAGAUUUGCUUGGAGUACCCAGGAUAUGAAGGAAAAGGGAAUUUCAAACAAAUGUACCUGCUCUGCAUUUGCAUGAGCAAAAGUCAGGAGCAGCUCAUGGAAGAGAUAUCAUCAAUAGACUGCAAAGAUGCUCUGGAAAUGAUCUGUAACUUGGAGUCCGAAGGAGAUGAGAGAGGAGCACAAUGCUUAUGUUCUGCUUUUCUCAAGCGGCAACUUCUUCAAGGAGACGUUUAUUGUGCCUGGGAAUUGACGCUGUUCUGGAGUAAGCUACUCAUGCGUUUGGGGUGUUCGGCCGACUCUUUCCUCAGCCACAGCAAGGAGAUGGCUCUUCUCUGCAGAAGUGUUUGUCACAUUCUAUUCCUCAUCAAAGUUAUCCAGAACGAGGUUGGAGAAGUGGGGCUUCCAGUUUGCGUGGAAAUGUGCAUUCAAGCUCUGAAGAUGACAUCCAGUGACCAUACGGAUAGCAAGUCAACAAUCUGCAAGACAAUUUCAUGCAUCUUGCCAACCGACCUGGAGGUGAAGCGCGCAUGCCAGUUGACCGAAUUCCUCCUGCAACCAACCGUCGACUCCUACUACGCCGUCGAAUCACUAUACAACGAACCGGAUCAAAAGCCGGAGGAAGACGGAAGUCUGCCGGUGCCCAAUUCGUUACGCUGUGAGUUACUGCUGGCCUUGAAGACACAGUGGCCUUUUGAUCCAGAGUUCUGGGACUGGAAAACAUUGAAAUGCAAUUGCUUGUCUCUGAUGGGCGAGGAAGCGGCCAUCGUCUCGUCAAUCGACACGCUCAACGACACCGACGACCAGGAGACGGAAAGUACACCUGAAAAACUCUCCGAGUACAGAGACCUAGAAGACUUUUUGCUAACCACUACAAACGAACUCAAUGAAAUAGCGGACGAAAAAGAAAAAAACAGGGAAGCCAAGAAACUCCGGGAACAAGGUUUCGUAUCGGCUCGCUUCCGAAAUUGGCGCGCCUACAUGCAGUAUUGCGUUCUGUGUGACAAGGAGUUCCUGGGUCACCGAAUAGUUCGACACGCGCAGAAGCAUUUUAAAGAUGGAGUGUACCUUUGUCCUAUUUGCGCAGACAGCUUUGAAAGUAGAGAGGUUUUAGAGCCACAUGUAGCGUCGCACGUUAAGCAGUCUUGUAAAGAGCGGCUGGCUGCAAUGAAAACGACAAGGAAGGGGAUAAAACUACCGCAAUCCCCUAAAAGUCCGUCGAAAAAUAUCAAAUUUGUCGCCACGCCGAUAAGCAGUCCGGUCAGUAAUGACUCCCAAACCGCUGUCCAGUCACCUAAGGUAGAACAAGCGACAUCUGUACCGCAAAUAAGUCAAGAUUGCUUCUGCCCUGUUAAAAAUUGCUCCAAAGCCUUCAAGUUUUUCCGCAAUCUCAUGGCUCACGUUCGCUCGCACAAAGACGACGAAGAGGCCAUGAGGUUUUUGGAGAUACAGAAACAAAAAGUCGUGUGCCAGUAUUGCAGGCGGCAGUUUGUUAACGUCCAACAUCUCAACGAUCAUUUGCAGAUGCAUUGUGGCAGCAAACCGUACAUAUGCAUACAACUAGGUUGCAAAGCCAACUUUAAUUCCAAUUCAGAGCUUCUCAUGCAUAGGAAAAUCCACUCGGAAUUUAGGGCGCAGUGUAUGUUUCCCAACUGCGGGCAGAUUUUCAGCGAGGCCUACCUCCUGUACGAUCACGAGGCUCAACAUUACCUCACGUACACCUGCUCGACAGAUGACUGCGGUAAAAUAUUCUACUCGCAGGCUCAAUUCCUAUCUCACCAACAGAUUCACAUCACCAACGAUACAGUCAACAAUGUGGUGGUCCUAAACGAGAGCGCUCCUGUCCUUCCCCAAAUUGAAAUACCGCAGGAGAAUACGCCCUGCCGACCAGAGGCGCCAGAAACUCAUUCUGCUGUUGUUUGCCUCGAACCGGGUCAUUCAGAUGCGUUCAUGAAAGAGGCGUCGAAGGCAAACAUAUCACCGUGUAGUUCCCCAGAGGUCUCUAGAGAGCUCAUUCCUAUUAAAGUGAAACAUUCGAUUGAAAACAUGUUGAAUUCCGUUGCGCAGAUUGAACUGAACGAUCUAGACAAAUGCUACACUCCCCUAACAAACCCGAGUUUAACACCGGCUGACUUGAAAGCUGAAACGGAGGCUCAGCAUGCACACCAAGCGAUGGCGGAGCAAGCCAAGAUUCCUCCGUACCCUGUCCCCGGUGCAACGGUUCUCGUGGCAAAUCAAUUGGACAAAGGGCAAAACAGCAUCCAAGUUGAAGAGUUUCCGAAAGCAAUACCGCAAAUGAUUGCUCCCAGUCAAAUCAAGACUGAAGUCCCGUCUUCAUUGCAGGGAUAUCCCCCCAGGAUGCCUUCUGUGUCCAGUAGCAAUGAGGAAAAUCUGCAUAGCUGCCCGCAAAACGAGUGUACGAGGGCUUAUAGUACAAACAAAAGCUUGUCCAGACAUGUGAAAAAGCAACAUCCUGAAAUCUUUGAGGACUGGAAAUUGGCCAAGAAGUACAACAAAGUUGCUAAAAUUACAGCAAAAAGAGCACCGGCUGCGACAGCCGCGCGAAAGCAGUAUCCUAACGGUAACAACAACCCGACAAAUCAGCCAGCGAUUCAGCCGGGACCUCUAUGCAACAAACCUGGGAUGGAGCAAAUCGAUUACCAGGCGGGAUGUUCCGCCUCACCUGCCCAGUGUUAUCCUAGCUCAAUGGACCCUGUACCCAUCACUCCAAUGGUGAACCCUACACUUUACCCAUCCUGGGGCGGCUCCAACAACACCGGGGAACUCGGUCAGCCUGACGUUGCCCAGUCGUGGUCUUCAUCGCCAAUGAACAGCUGCUACUCCGAUGCCUUCAACGUAAACGAGUUCCCCUCCCGCAGCUAUCCUCAGUGGCAGCCUGAUCCUUACCCGACCACAACUCCACUCCCAGCUGAAAGAGAGCACUCAAUGGCGGGUUUACACGGGGCUCACGUUCCUUCAGAUUCCAGUUUGAUGUCCCAGUACUUAUCCAGUUCAUUGAUGCUCGACAACGGAGGGCAAAUGCACAACGGCGUCAAUCAGUAUGGACUUAUGCCUCCGGAUAGUAGAGCGGUUUCAAUGGACGGUAAGAAAACCGGCGGAAUCGUGGCAGGACAGUCGGAUAACAGCGACAGCAUGUCUACAAUUCACAGUCUACCCGAAGGAAGUUACCACACUCCGUACGCUCAGAGUGAGAAUUCAGGGACUCGGAGUUCACCGGUUAAUGUUCCUAGCAAACGUCUAAGCCCCGCGCCUCAAGAGACACCGAAGGCUGCGACAAAACCAAUCAAAUCAGAGAACACUGCAGCUUCUGGAUACGAACACAUGGACAACGCUGUGGACGGCAUGCUUAACCCGCACAGCCUCCCCCAACCUGACUUUCAUUUUGAAGGAGACUGUACUAAUACGGAAUGUGAAACUACUGACGAUAAAGAUGAGGGCGACAACCAAAAAGGAAAACGCGGUAAGCUAAGCAAGCGAACCAAAUGGCCGGCCAUUAUUAAGGACGGCAAGGUCAUUUGCAGGAGAUGCUUCAGAGAGUUCACGAGCACAAAGUCUCUCGGAGGUCAUCUGUCCAAGCGCUCACAGUGCAGGCCGUUAGAUGAAAUUGACCUGACUGCCGAUCUGCCGACAUCGUUCCUCGAUUUUCUUAACGACCCGCACGUCCCAGAAACAAAUGGAGCCAUUUUCAACUUGUCGAACGGGGACUUCCCACAGGAAUCUUGUAGCUUGACCCCGCUAAACUCUUCCAUGCCGCUGAAGCAAGAACCCCAAAAUACAAAUAUAACAGACUUUUCAAACAUCUCUACCGCCGCUCUUGAAAGUCAACAAGCGAAAUCAGCCGGUCUAGCUUACACUCCCGCUGCCCCGCCUCAUCAAGAAGAUCACUUGAUGGAAAUAUCCAACGCCUUCCAAAGGUUGGAUUUGAUCGAAGCUGCCCAAGAGAAGAUACGGGGAAAUUUAUCCUUUGAGAAAAAUCGCGCCCGUUGUGAAAAGAUCUCUGAUCUUAAAAAAAGCAAACCCGCGCCCGGCAAGAGAGACGACAAGGUAUUGCCAAAAAUGCCUAAACCUUUUAAAUGCGUCAAGGAAGAUUGCGAGUACUCCUUCAUGACAAAGGAGGCGUUAUUCAGGCAUUUGAAUAAAUUACACGAUUAUUCCGACGCCAUGAUUGAAGAACUGAAACGAAGCCCGUCCAAACUGUCUCCGUACACUUGUCAGAUUUGCUCCAAAAACUUUACGAGAACGACAGGCUUGCGAAUCCACUACGAGAAGGUCCAUCGAUUGUCAAAGGCCGAAGUACAGAAGUAUAAAAUGAGCGCCCGAAAUUGUCGGCAGUUAGUCCGAGUGAACGCCAAUGUUCCGUGUCCGAGCCAGGCCGCUACUGACACAAAUGCCAUCCCACAAUCCGCAACUAGCUUCCCCUUUAUUAAGCAAGAACCACUUGACAUUGAAAUUGAACCCAACCCUAACAGCGCAAAUAUUCAAGAAGCUCCUCACACUGUUGCACCAGUAAUUCCUUUAAACGACAGCUUACCGCACGCGACUUCAACUGUCACCUGUUUGCCGCCGUCUGAAAGCUAUCUAGAUGACAGGCCGUUAGUCGAGGGCAUGCAGGCUAAUCCCGGAAUGUCCCAACAGCCACUAACCACGGCGGUCACAUGUCCAGAAGCUCCGCGUAAAUUCAGUUCAAUGGAGAAAUUUGGCCCCGUUAAACCGAGAGAGCAUCCCGCAGUCGGCAAAACGAGAGAACCAAAGACCAGCCCGCCUCCGGGCCCUGCUUCAUCAUCCCCAGAAAAGCCGAGUAGCUCCAAAAACACGCCCAUCCAGGAAGAAGUCCAAAAGAGGCUUCAAAAACGAAUCGGGCUCAAAAUGUGUGAUCCUGAAAACGCCUUUAAUCCCUAUAGACCGUAUCGCUGUGUUCACGAAGGAUGCACUGCUGCGUUUACCAUCCAGCACAAUUUAAUCCUCCACUACCGGGCCAUGCAUCAGGCGUCGCUGCCCCCGUGUAAAGACGAGAGCGGCCCCGAGAAAACGAGUUUACCGAAUGGCCAAAAUACCUACGAGAUCACAAGCAAAGACGGCGAAGUUAGGUGUCAAGUGAAAAACUGCUCGAGGGUGUUCAUGGGUGUCACCAGAUUAGUCCAGCAUUACCUUCUGCUCCACAAAUUCACUCGCGACAAAGCCACCUCAAUGAUGGCCUGCAUGGCCAUCGGGACCUUCGACUGCGACCGGCCCGAGUGCGGUCUUCCCUUCAACUCCGUGGACAAGUACAUCGAGCACGUCAAGAAUUUCCACAAAGAAAUCGCCAUCUCGGAAAGCGGCUCCGUGGAUCCGACGUUCAGGUGCGAGUACGAGGGUUGCGAACGAUUUUACUCCACAAAGUCCAAUCUUCUUCGCCACCUGAUAAAAAAGCACGACUACGUCUACGAGCCCAGAUCGAGUGACGGGAGACGGAACAGGCCCUUGGUUCUGUUCCCGGUGAUGAACAACGGAAAAGAGAACGUGGAAAACAAAUUAAAAAUGAAGAAGAAAAAUGUCAAAAAGAAAGACGGAAAGCCCAUCGAGCAUUGGACCAAUUUCGGGAAGCCCACGCUGAAAACCCACGAGGAAGCGUCGGCCAUGUGUACUAAGAAAUGGCCGUUGCAGUAUCCGUGCAUGCUGAUAGGCUGCGAUAUCAUCGAGGAAGCUGAGAAAAGUAUCUUCAAGCAUUACGUGACUCACGGCCUCACGGAGAGAUACAUCGAAGAUCAGCGCAGCCAGUUUAUCUUCUGCAAAAAGUACUCCCGAUCCAGAUACAAAGACACGGACAAAGCGGAGGGUGCGUCGUGCGGAUCCUCGGAGGAGAACGAGCCGGAAGCGGCCGAUAAACCUGCUGAGCAAAACGUAGCCGAAGCAGACUGCAAACCUCCCAACGAGGACUGCAAACCUCCCAACGAGGACUGUAAACCUUCCAACGAGGAACGCGUAGUAGAGUCUCAAGUGUCAGCUGUGACGGAAGGCGGAGCUAAAAGAGGGCGCCCGAGAAAACCUGCCAAUCCAACACCAGCUUGUCCCGAGAGGAUUCAAACCCUUCGUAAUCGCGUGACUGUUAGCGGUUCCAGAGAGAACUCAAAUCCCGGUACCCCCGUGCCCCAAGAACCACAAGAGGAGGGUAACGCCAUGCCGGUGUCUUUCAAACCUUUGGGACUGGAGGACUCUUUCCUGAAGUUCUUGGAAACCUCCGAGUCCACCAACCCCUGUAAGCGCAAAGUGAACGAUAAGCCUAGCGCCGAGCUGCCGUCGAAAAGACGAUACACUCACAAAAGGAGGACUGCUUUGAGAACGAAUACCGGCGGCGUUUGCGAGAAACUGGUAGACUUUCGAAAUCCGCAUAAUCUCAAAUCGGUGAGCAAUGUGAAGAUAGUCAUGGAUAAAAGUUUUUCAAACGGUGCUGAUCUUUUGCUCAAGCAGCUACAAGACAUGAAGCCCUUGGUCAUGAUAAAAAAGUGGCUUUACAGCGGAUCAUAG